AGCAUUGUUAGACCUGUCAAUCAAAUGAAUCUGAAUACAAACAAAACUUGAAAUGUCGUUAGUUCUUUGGAAUGUAAUAUUGUAAAAAUAAUUUAAAACAGAACAUGCACACAAUUUCAUUUUUACAAUUCUAACAUGUCAUUACUUCUCGAAAUUCAGAACGACAUUGAUAAAUAGUAAUUGGUAAAUAUUUUUGUGUGUGUUCUGUAAAACUUGCAAAAUGGGUGAAGCUUAUUUUACUUUGAAGCGUAAACUGGAAGAUCUCGGUUAUAACAUCACGUUACCAAUAGAUGCAGUUCCCUUAGUAGAAUGUAUACUAGCAGACCUUUUACAAACUACACGCAGCUUGCAACAUUACAUGGAUUUGUCGAAAGAAGCUCUUAUGCAGCGAGAUUCUUUGAUGAUGGAAGCAGAGCCCUACAAAUGCGAUAACGCUAAACUUAUACAGGAAAACAAUCAACUACAUAAAAAAGUGAUGAAGCUGACUGAGGAUAAUCUAAAACUUGCUAAAGAAUCAAAAAGAAAAAUUAAAAGCUUAACUGAAGAGCUUAUGAAAAAGGAUGCAACUAUCAGUAAACUGCAGCAUGACAUACGAGACCUCAGUCUUAGAGGUUUGUGUACAGACACUUUCAGUAGUCGAAACAAAAGCAAAAGGAAGGAUGGGGAGAGCACCAGCUUAAGCAAAGCAUGUAUAUGUAAUGAGAGAAAGAGUGCAUACAGUGACAAAGAUGUAACAGAACUAACCAAUAAGAUUCAUGCCCUUGAAGAAAAGAAUGAUGUGUACUGUGAUGAAAUAUUGGUUCUCAAAAAUCAAGUUGAACAUAGGGAUGAAGAAAUUAUACGCCUCAAUAUGCUCUUAGAAGGUGGUAGACCUCUUACAGCUAUUAGUAAAGAUUGCUGCAACCUAAGCUCCAGUGAAAGAGUCCAGAAUUUACUUAAAGAUCUAAGGGAACUAGAAUCAGCCAAUGAGCUCCUGAAAAAAGAGGUUGAUAGUGGGUUAGAGAAACAGCAUGAAGCCAUGCUCAGAGCACUCAGUCUGGCAGACAAGAAUAAAAGUUUACAAGAAGAAUUACAUAAGGUUGACACACUGGCAUUAAAAGUUGAAGAGGAUUGCAAUAAAAGACUGGCUUCAAUGACAAAAGAAGUAGAUUUUUUACAAAAGAGAGUGGAAGGUUUGGAAUUGAAAAAUUCAGGAUUAGAAAGAAAACUUCAGGAACAGCAAUUAAGUGCAAAAGACAAUACACCUAGGAUAAUUAAAUUGCAGGGAGAGUUGACUACAGCUUUAAAAGAAAAUGAUGCCUUACACAAUGAAGUCAGGGAUUUGGUAGAUCUAAACAAAAAUUUGCAAGAAAAGAUUUUCACACUACCCCAAGUGAGCAAACCAGAUCAUAGUGAUGAAUAUGGAUAUAAUAAAGAUAAAAUGGACUGUCUCACAAAAACUGAUUUACAAAAGCUCCUAAGAGAAGAAAGAAAUAAAUAUGAGCUUCACAUGACAAGUUUUCAAGAAAAAAUGAAUGAACUUAUGAACACCUUCAAUCAACACAUGUCCAAAUGCAAAGAUAAGGAAAGUCCUAAAGUAAGUCAUUCCAAUGACAAUGCAUUUAUAAGAGACUUGCACAAUAAAUUGUGUGAAGGAGAACAAAAGAUUUUGAUGUUAAUGAAACAAAAUGAUGAAUUGAAAAGAAAAACAAGUUAUCUUGAAGAGAACAGUAAGCAGAACUAUAAAGAUGUUAUUAGCCAGCUAAAUGUAGAAAAUGCUGAGCUAUCAAAAGAAAACAUUGAAUUAAGUAAGCAGCUAAGUCAAUAUAAAAAUUUGAGCACAGUCAAACACAGUGACAGAGGUGAUUUCUAUAAAAAUGAUGCCCAAAAGCUGAAGGAUCAAGUAAAUGAAUUACUUAAUCAAAUACAAUUGUUGAAAAAAGAUAAACAAGAAUAUAAUUUAAGAUAUAAAGAAGCACUAGAGUUAUCUGAAAAAUUAAAAAUGGAUUUGGUAUUUAAACAGAAAGAAAUUGAGCAUUUAGAAGCAGAAAACUGUUCAUACAAAAUGACAAGUAGAAAUGGAAUGGCUUCCACUGAACAUUUAAAAGAAGAAUGCAACUUUUUGAGAGAGCAGCUAAAGAAAAUGCAAUCAGAUGUUAUCAAGGAAAAAACCCUUUCAAGUCAAAUUAAAAAUAUCCAGUUAGAAACUGAAAGGAGUGGCAAUGAAUUACAAAAUGAAUUAUUGAAUGUACAGAAGAAACUUAGCUUAUCCAAUGACACAAUAGAAUCAUUGGAAAGAAAGUGCAAAGAACUACAAUCUGAAAUCUCAUCUUUGAGAAAUGACAAGUCGAAUCUCAUAGAUAACAUUAAAAAAGUUGACCAAGAACGUGAUAAACUUGUAAUAGAGCUGGAUCAUAAGACAGAAAACACAUGUAUGCUUGAACAAAAGAUAAAAUCACAGAAGUAUGAGAUAGAAAAAUUAGAAAAUGAAGUUUCAGAAUUGAAGAGAAAGUUAACUGUUAAUAAAGUAUCUGAGCAUAAGCUAGCAGAUCAUGAAACACAAAUUACUUUCUUAAAUGGUGAAAUACAACGGCUUACUAAACAACUUGAUACUGCUAUUAUGGAAAAUAAACAUCUGCAAAAUAGUUUGGCUGAUGCCAAUGGUACAUUAAAGUUAACAAAAAUAGAAUAUGAAAAAUCUCGUAAAGAAGUAGAUACUUUAAAACAACAGCUGCAACAUUAUGUUGCUGAAAUCAGACGCAUUGAAGAACUAUUAUCUCAAAAAGAGGCAGAGAGAGCUGACAUGUUAGAACAUUUUGCCAGUCUCUCUGUAGAAGCUAACAUUUUGGAGAACACAAAUCACUCUCUGGAGAGUGAAUCAGCUUCUAAAACAGUACAGCUACAGACUUCUACAAGCAGGAUUCAAACCUUAGAAGCUAAAUUGAUGGACAAGGAAAAUAUGGUAGAGGCUCAAGCCUCAAGAAUAGCUGCUAUGCAAUGCAAAAUAAAUUCUUUGGAGAAUGAAGUAAAACUUAUUUCAGAAGAAAAGAAUAUUCUGGAACAAAAUGUGUCAUACUUGAAGCAAAUGUGCAGUAACUUACAGUCAGAAAAUUGCAAUACUCUCAGAGGAAUAAAUGAAACUGAUUCUGAAAUGAAACUGUAUGAGACAAGGAUUAAAAGCCUUUCAAAUAAAAAGACGAAACUAGAAGUAGAGAAUGAAGAAAUGAAACAGAACUUAGAGACUACAGAAAAGUUGUUAUCAAAUGCAAGAAAAGAGAUUGUAGAAUUAAAAUUAGCAUUACAAGAUGCAACUUCGGAAACUAAAUUAUUGCAAGAAAGUGUCAACAGAUUAAGCAGAAGAGAUGAUGAACCUCGUGAGCCCUCAACUUCCAGGGUGAAGAAUCAUGAAUAUGACUUACCUCUUAUGCUGGAUGAGAUUCAUGAAGAAAGCCACGAGGAUGAUGAAGAAAGCACAAGAUAUAGAACACGUAAAUCUUUUGCAAAAUAUUCUCAUAGUAGCAGCACUUUAUAAGUAUGAUAGUUAAAUUCUAUAAUUUUCAAAUACAGGGUAAGAGGUAUACUAUCUACAUAUAUAUUGUUUAUCUGUAGAAUGAAAUUGUUACAUUAUUUAUUUAAAAUAUUGUAUUAUGACAAUCUUGGGUUCUAGAU